CACAACAUUUAGAAUAACUCGAAAUGGAAGGGAUCCAACGAGAGAGUCGAACUUAUCGUUAAUUUUAUUAUAUUAUACUCUUCGUAAUGGCAGCAUCAAAUGUUAUCGAGCUAUUGGAGAAGCUUAUAAAGAUCUUCAAAGAGGAACAAGUGUUUGAUCAAACUGGUGAUCGUCCUGUCAUGCAAUUCCUUCAUCCCAAAGCUUUGCAGAAGGAGAUAUCAUUUUCUUUGGACAAUGAGCCAGCAAGCGAUGAGCAAAUCGAAGACACAAUACGACAAGUUAUACGACGAUCUAUAAAAACGUUCAGUCCGGAUUUUCAUAAUAAAUUUUAUAGAGGCCUUGACGAGUAUGGAUUAAUUGGCUCCUAUUUAACAGAAAUAUUGAACACUAGCAUAGAUAUUUACGAAAACGCUCCUGUAUUUACGGUGAUAGAAGAGGUUUUAAUACAAGCGUCAUCGAAAUUGAUGGGCUAUCCAUUUCGCAGCGAUGGUAUAAUGACGCCGAAUGCUACUGUAUCGAUCAUGUAUGCAAUGAUGGCCGCUAAACAAGCAUCUCUCUCAAAUAUUAAACAGGGCUUACAUAAACAUAUUUCAUUAGCUUGUAUUACCAGUGAAUGUGGCUAUCUUUCCAUUAUGACAGCGGCUCAUUGGUUGGGCUUUGGUACCCAACACGUUUACACGGUAAAAACGGAUAAGUUUGGUCGCAUGGACAUACGUAAUCUGAAAAAAGUUUUAAAGCAAACGUCUGAAGAAAUGGGGUCAAUACCAUUUUUUAUAAACGUCUCUGCCGGCACUCCCGUAUUCGGAGCUAUCGAUCCGUUGCGGAAAAUAAUCAAAAUUUGCAAGGAAUGGGACAUAUGGAUACACGUAGAUGCUCGCGAUUGUGGUUCUUUGAUGUUCUCCAAGCUAUUCCGACGUAGAUUACAAGGCAUUGAACGUUCGAGUUCGAUAUCUUGGAAUCCGCAUAAUAUGCUCGGUGCACCAUACCAUUGUAAUAUGAUCUUGAUGCAAAGUCAAUUCGAACGUAGUACACAUUCUUAUUUACGAACAGUAAUUAACGAAGAAAGACAGUAUACAUUGAUGUACCACUCAAACACGAAUUUUAAGAGUUUACAAAGCAGUAGAAAGGCCGACGCAAUGAAAUUUUGGUUAAUGUGGAAAGCUCGCGGCAUGAGUGGUUUACAACAAUUGGUGGAAGAAGCCAUGUGGUGUGCAAAAUACUUACUGAUAAAAAUUAAUAAGACCGAUGGCUUUCGUUCGGUACUGGAACAAUACGAUAGUACCACUAUUUGCUUUUGGUACAUACCUCCGAGCAUGCGUCAUGCGAAAGAGACUCCAUUUUGGUGGAAGAAAAUAUACAUUGUCACAGCAGUAAUACAAAAACGUUUGAUUUUGAAUGGAUCUCUCAUAAUCGAUUAUGCGUCCUUACCGCAAUCGAAUCUGGGCAAUUUCUUUCGCGUAAUGGUGAAAUGUUAUCCGUUACCCACACGAAUGUCUAUGGAUUAUAUUCUUAAUCAAAUAGAAAAGGCCGGAGCUGACUUGUAAAUGAAACAUGCCC